AAAAUAUGACAUCUACCCAAAAGGGCACAGUCUUUCAGAUGGUCAAGACAAAUAAAAUUGGGUCCAAGGUAGCAGUUUCAACACACAAAAGGUCUGAGGUUCAUAGCUCCAACCCUCAGCAGGGGCAAGGGUACUUUCUUGCCUCUAGCCAGCGAAGUGCUGCAGUCUCCCUGAGCCCUCCUCCCCAGCGAAGAUCAGAAGCUGCACAUCCCACCACUCCCCAUUCAGCAUCCGACUAUCCUCGAUCUUCCUCCCCGGAGCCAGGGCCCGGCUUCUCUGCAGCACAGUUUUCUCGGGGAACCGAGUCCCGACCAAGAACGGAAGCAUUCCACCAUUCCUCUCCUCACCGGAAGACCCAGCAAGUUCAGACAGUACCUUCCCAUGCUGUCAGCUCGCAUCGGAAUGCUAGUCCACUCAGAGAGGAAUCAGCACGAAGAAGUGGUGAGAACAAGCCAGUACGCGAGGUCAGCUACCGUGGCUCAUUAACCCCAGAUGCAAAAUCUUCUCGUCGAUUGAGUUUUUUAGACCAGAAGGAUAACUAUCAAUCACAAAUCUUCCAAGAAGAGGAUCCACCCUCCAAGGUCCAGAACCCACAAGGGGUCAGAGUUCCUCUUAGAAUUUCCAUUCAUCCAAAAGAUGAAGCCGUACAAACCGACCCCAUUCGAAGGACUUUGACUACCAGUGAAGUCAGGUCGCCGAAGAAUCCCUAUUACCUAGAGCAGGGCAGCAGCCGUCUCACUACAGACCAUCGGGCAGUUCUGAGAAAGAUCCCUGCCCAAGAGCCAGAAAUGGGUCCUUACAGUUCAAUUCCUUCUGAACCCAAGGCCUCACAUAGGAACAUCAACUUGGAAUCAUCCUUGAAACUCUCUGUCCUUAGAGAUUUGGAUGAUAGACACCGAGUUCCAUCACGUUCUGAGCCUGAGUCUCUCUGCAAGCAUUCUGUCUAUGCUGAAACCAAGCCCUCUUCAAAAGUCUUAAUGGUGUCACAGGUGGAGUCCAAUAUGAGGUCCCCAAUCCGAGGAGACACUGAGGUCAGUCGCAAAGUCACCAUUUCCCCAGGACAAUCAGUACCAUUAACUCACCGUGCCACAACUCGAACAGUGUCUGAAGGCCCACACAAAUCUUCCAUGUUUGUCACUCCAGAGCAUGUCUAUAAAGAGCAAUCACAAAGACCAGCAGAAACUAACUACAUGUCCCCAGGACCCACACUCAGGUAUCAAGAAUCUUCCCAAAAGCCCCCCAUCCAUGCAGAACUGGAACUGACCCCUCGGCCCUUACCCCCUCGAUCCUUACCCAAAUAUGGGCCCGAGUCCUCAUGGUGGGGCUUACUGAAUCCUGAAGCUGAAAUAUCCCAAAGCUGGCCGACAACACCUGAUUUUGAGCCUAAGCCCUCUCCUCCCCUAGACCCAUUCAUGUCCCUUUUGGAAAUGAACUCAAGCCCUUUCUGUGAGGAUCUGACGUUCCAGAGAGAGAAGGCAAGCCCACCACCGCCACCGCCGCCACCGCCACCACCACCACCAAAGGAGUCUCCAACCUGGGCGCCAAUGAGGGAAGUGCCAAAGGCCCCCAAGCACACCUGUACACAACCAAUUCAAAGGUUUAGUGCUUUCUUCCUGGAUGUUUCUGAGGAAAUGUGCAAUCGGGUCAUCUGGUGGCUGAAAGGUCUGUGCAUCCCCCAUCUCCACCCUUGUGGGCCCAUUGUGGGGACUUGGGAGGACAGGUGAGAGGGUGGCCUCUAGGUAUUUGUGAAGCUAGGUCUUUUGGGAGAAUGCAUAGUUCUGAUCAGAAGGAUCCAGAGGGAAUUCUCAUCUUGCCUCAGAUUCCACCAUUAGAGCUCUUCCUUUGGGAUUCUGAUCCUGUUUCACUUUUGAGAGUCAUGUUUUAGUGGGGAGUUACUUCUUGAAUGGAGACUAAUUUAAGCCCCAUGGCCUUUCAGCGUAACUGGUCUUACCUACCAUACUAAAAACACCACCAGAACAAAUUGACCUUGCUUCGCAGUCUUGCUCAGGGCCAAGUCCACACUAAUUCAUGUUAAGAGCUCGUCUGUGUCUCUGGUUCCUCAGAACUCUGCUCAAGCCCCUAUCUAUGACUCAGGAGGUACUUACUAGCUGCUGCCCAAACAGGAUCUCCAGGAAUGUUUAGGCCUCCUUCUUGAGGCCAUCAGUGGAUCUUGUGGCCAACUCUAGAAUCCUUAAGAGAAAUGUCACCUUGUAUGGAGGAAGAUGGGGACCAUCUCUUAUAGAGUGAAUCUGACAGCAGGGAGUUUUUGCCGUGAGCACUGUUGCUCCAAAUAUGCUCUAGCUGUGUGAGCAUAAGCCACAGUUCUGGAUGAAUAAGUUCCUGGGGAGGAGAGGGUCCUGGGAAGGUAAUCCAGUCACAGCCAGCAUGAACCCUCUGAGUAAUGGACAGCACCAAGAAGAGGGCAGCUCUGCCCUUUAGAGGGAGCAGAGCUCUAUAAAGUAGGGAUGUGGUUAAGUAUGAACUCUGGACUUACCUCAUUGGGUUUGAACCCUGAAGCCACUGUUUUCUGACUGUGCCCUGGGGUAAGUUGUUUUACCUGUACAAGCCUCAGUUUCUCUAUCUCUUAACAGGAAUAAUGGUUUCCUUUUAGAGUUAUUAUGAGGAUUAACCAAGCUGUUAUAUGUAGAGCACUUAGCAUGGUUCUUGGCAGCAGUGAGCACUCAGUGAGUUGCUAGCUGUUGUUAUUUGGGCUACUUUUAGUAGGAAGGGAUUUAGGCCCAGAUAUGCUCAAAUCCACUGGGUGUCUUUAGUAAAAUUCUCUUUUU